CGCUAGCUCCCGCCCUUCUCCCCUCCCCGCCGCUCCCCUCCCCAAGCCCUGAGCGGCUCCGCUGCGGCUCCGCACUGCAGAUGCCCGCCGGCCUCUGUGCUCGCGGCUCCCCGGGCUCCGCGUCCUCUCCCUGGCGCCGGCUGCGCUCGCGGGCCCGAGGGACUCUCGCCAGGACCCGCUGGCCGAACGCCGCGCCCGAAGCCGCGACUCGGGCUGGGCUGCUGGGCUCCGGAGCGCGCCGCGAUGAGGCAGGACAAGCUGACCGGCUCCCUGAGACGUGGGGGCAGAUGCCUGAAGCGCCAGGGCGCCGGGGGAGGCGGCGGCAGCGGCGGUGGCGGCGGCGGCGUGGGCACGAUCCUGAGCAAUGUGCUCAAGAAGCGCAGCUGCAUCUCCAGGACCGCGCCCCGGCUGCUCUGCACCCUGGAGCCGGGAGUAGACACGAAGUUGAAGUUCACUCUUGAACCAUCUUUAGGUCAAAAUGGCUUUCAGCAGUGGUACGACGCUCUCAAGGCAGUUGCCAGACUGUCAACAGGAAUACCAAAAGAAUGGAGGAGAAAGGUUUGGUUGACCUUGGCUGAUCAUUAUCUGCAUAGUAUAGCCAUUGACUGGGACAAAACCAUGCGCUUCACCUUCAAUGAGAGGAGUAACCCUGACGAUGACUCUAUGGGAAUUCAGAUAGUCAAGGAUCUUCACCGCACAGGCUGCAGUUCCUACUGUGGCCAGGAGGCUGAGCAGGACAGGGUGGUGCUGAAGCGCGUGCUGUUGGCCUAUGCCCGAUGGAACAAGAACGUUGGCUACUGCCAAGGCUUUAACAUCCUCGCUGCGCUGAUCCUGGAAGUGGUGGAAGGCAAUGAAGGGGAUGCCCUGAAAAUUAUGAUUUACCUUAUUGAUAAAGUUCUUCCUGAAAGUUACUUUGUCAAUAAUCUCCGGGCAUUGUCUGUGGAUAUGGCCGUCUUCAGAGACCUCUUAAGGCUGAAACUCCCCGAAUUAUCUCAGCACCUGGACACUCUUCAGAGAACUGCAAACAAGGAAAGUGGAGGUGGCUACGAGCCCCCGCUGACCAACGUCUUCACGAUGCAGUGGUUCCUCACACUCUUCGCCACAUGCCUGCCCAACCACACUGUCCUCAAAAUUUGGGAUUCUGUCUUCUUUGAAGGUUCAGAAAUCAUCCUAAGGGUGUCGCUGGCAAUCUGGGCAAAACUGGGAGAGCAGAUAGAAUGCUGUGAAACAGCAGAUGAAUUUUACAGCACAAUGGGGCGCCUUUCUCAGGAGAUGCUAGAGAAUGACCUCCUGGAAAGCCAUGAACUCAUGCAGACAGUUUAUUCUAUGGCACCAUUCCCUUUCCCACAAUUGGCAGAACUGAGGGAAAAAUACACCUACAACAUCACACCCUUCCCGGCCGCGGUAAAACCUUCCUCGGUUCCUGGGCGUCGUGGUAAGAUCAGAGACAGUGAUGAGGAGAAUGACCUAGACGAUGAAGAUGCUAUUGCUAAUGCAGUAGGUUGUCUUGGACCUUUCAGUGGGCUCCUGGCACCUGAACUGCAGAAGUACCAAAAGCAGAUUAAAGAAACAAAUGAAGAGCAGAGUCUGAGAUCCAAUAACAUUGCCGAGCUGAGUCCUGGAGCCAUCAAUUCUUGCCGGAGCGAGUACCAUGCAGCUUUUAACAGUAUGAUGAUGGAGCGCAUGACCACAGACAUUAACGCACUCAAGCGGCAAUAUUCUCGGAUCAAGAAGAAGCAGCAGCAGCAGGCUCAUCAGGUGUACAUCAGGGCAGACAAAGGGCCGGUCACCAGCAUCCUCCCGUCUCAGGUCAACAACUACCCGGUCAUCAACCACCUGCUCCUGGGGAAGAAGAUGAAAAUGUCCAACCGAGCUGCCAAGAAUGCCGUCAUCCACAUUCCGGGUCACCCGGGCGGCAAAGCGUCCCCGGGCCCUUACGAGGACCUGAAGACGAAGCUCAACUCGCCGUGGCGAACUCACAUCCGGGUGCACAAGAAGAGCAUGACGCGGAGCAAGAGCCAGCUGGGCUGCGGGGACACGGUGGGGCUGAUCGAGGAGCCGAGCGAGGGCUGCCGGCCUCGGAGCGGGGGCGCCGAGGACGCCUUCCCCGCGGGGCCCGGGGUGCCGGCAGAGGGCAGCGCGGGCCGGACCAUUGAGGGGCGCUCCCCGGAGCCCGCGUUCCCCGAGGCCGAGGCCGAUGUGUCCGAGGUGCAGGUGAAGCUGGAGGCCUUGGACCUGAGCCCGCAGGCCGAGGGGGCCGCUGCGGGAGCCAGGGCGCAGCCGCCCGGUCAGCGCUACUUCCCGGAGCUGCCGCUGGCCCCUGCCGAAAGCAAAGCCGCCACCAGCACCCCUCCCCCAGGCGGGCACCCCAAGACGCCCAUCUUUAGCCCCUUUCCCAGCGUCAAGCCCCUGCGGAAGUCAGCCACCGCCCGGAACCUGGGACUGUACGGGCCGACGGAAAGAACCCCCAGCGUGCACUUCCCGCACCUGAGCCGCAGCUUCAGCAAACCCGGCGGCGGCACCAAGAAGCGGUGAUGCGCUCCCAGCAUCCCGGCCGCAGGCGGUGAUGCGCUCCCAGCAUCCCAGCAGGCGCCCUUCUCUCCGCGGCGGUGGGUCGGGCUCCAGGCGAAGGACUCCAGGCGCGUUCGGGUCACCCAGAGGGAACGAAUAGGCAGGCAGGCUGGGCCCCCGGGCCGCCCUUGGGGCAGGGGGCAGCUCAGUUUGACAGUGGGGGCUACCACGGGGACGCUUUCAGCCCCCUCCCCCAUGGAUAGAGGAUUCUUGUGGCAAAAUAAAUAUUGUGGUUUUUAAGUGUGAAGUUUUCCCCCCAAGUUUUCAUUGUGUGUUGUGUAGGAAAGAUUGUAUCUAAAUUCGGACCUCCCCCCACCUCCUUCUUUUCUUCCUCCUGUUCUGGGAGCUAAAACAUGUUCCUAUCCCCACCACCCUGGGUUUAAGCUGCAAGCAUGCAUAUGAUAGUUUGCUAGAAUAGGGGCUUAGAAAGAAAGUACCUCUCCCCACCCCGCCUUUCCAUAAGUUUCCCAAUUUUUGUCUUAGCGCCCAUCCAGGGAAAAUGUUUUUGUAUAUGUUUUCUUUAUCUUUGCCAGUCUCAAGGUGGUUGUUUAUCCUCACCAACAAACAGGAGGGAAACCAGCCUUGCCUUACCCACCCCCACCCCGCCUUGGCCCCCUUGAUAUUUCCUGCCGGUUAAUGAGGAAGGCCCGUUCUCCGCUCACACUGAGGCUGAGCACAGUGUGCAGCUACAGGAAGUGCAUGGGAGCUGAACGGGGCGCCUACUCCCAACAGCCUGCUCCUUCCCGAAGGUGUUCGCCAGUGUUCCUCUCUUUUCAGGAGUGUUGGGCCUCAGUGAGGGGAUGACUUGGUGGGUUCCUCAUGGAGCUCAUCCUGCACCCUUGGCCACGUUGCGCGGUGCCUACCAGCUCCCUGUGGUGGGUGUCACCUGGCCUCUGCUCAGAGACAUCUGGCGCCUUCAACUCUGUUACUUGAAUGUUUUGUGUUUUUCCCCCACCAGGAGUUCUUUGUGACUUAAGUACUGCCUUGCUCUGGAGAAGGUCCCAGUGCUUUAUAAGCUAAAUUUCACCCACCCCUCCCUGGCUUCCAGCGGGUCAGAGACCUGUUCUCUCCACUAUGGAGAUGGGAACCCAGAACAACCCGCAACUGAAGUAGCACUUCUGACACUCCAAGCAAACUUUCUGCUGUGAUUGAAUGUGACAGCCACAUUUCCUCCAGUGCAAAGGGCAGGGCGAAUGCUCUGUGCACAGAGCCAUUGGCUACCUAGGCUCUGAAAAUCAAAAUUGGUGAGCCAUUUACCCCACCCCUUCUCAUAAAGGGCCUCUCACCAGAUGCCACCGAAUCCUCAGAUGGCAACACGAUGCCGAGGCUGACCUUAUUUGAGAAGCAGUUUCUGUUUAGAUUGAUUCCUGCAGCUGCCCCUGGGCUGCCUCCUCCAUCUGCCACCGUGGAAGUUAGGCCCUGCCUCUCUUUCCCUGUCUGCAGGACUGGCCGUGCAGGCAGAUACUGAGACAGUCAAUAGCAGCCCCAGCUAAUUCGAUCGCUAAUUCUGAAACCCGAGCUAAUUGUUUGGGAGAGAUUUUUUAGAGUGAGCAAUACUUGUUUUGUUUUUUUAUAAUAAAAUGGAGAAUGUGGUCAUGUGAGCCUGUUGGAACAGAAAACACAAGAAUGACACAGACUGCGAGUAAAGCCCUUUGAUCCCUCUGUUGGUAUUUUUACCCCCAAAAGAACUGAAGAUGGAAGAGAUGAGUAAUGAGUUGUUGCACUUUCAGGACUGAAUUCUGUGCCAUCUGAAGUUAGCAUGCAGCUUCUUAAAAAGCAACCAUGCCCACAGCCUGCUGGGGAAGUGAGUUGGUAGAGGCUUGGGCUUUGCACACCACCCCCAGGGACAAGGCCCACUGCAUUUUCCAAAAUUCAGCAAAUGAGAUGACUUUGUUCCAUCUGCUAAACUUGACAGAUGAAAAUGAUUCCGCAUUAUAUUUUUCUCUCCUCUCCCACCCUAUGUGAAUCAGAAUAGUUAGCACCUUUCAAGGGAUGUCUGUCUUGAUGGGGCAUUGUUCUGAAGUCAGCUGCUGCCUCCCUGAGGCCCAGGUAAGGCAGUUUUUAGAAUUGUACCCAUUGCUACCCACUACCUAGGUGUUUGUAUCACACCUCACACCUGCUUCCCAGUGUUGACCUCCAGAGAAAGGGAUGGAUGAGAUGUCUCAAGGUUUGGGAUAAAUAUUUACUAAAUGAUUGCAUCAUUGAGAGGAUAAUAGUGCUUUGAGGUAAAGAUGACCUUGUCAGGCUUCAGUGAAACUGACGUUUCCGUUCAAGCCCUCCAAUAACACGCAUGCAUUAUACCAAGUAAUCACAAUGUGAAAUGGUCAAUUCAUAAGCCUUGCCUACUUUAGAAAAUAAAAUCUGCAAUAGCCUCUACCAUGCAGCAUGUACAAACACCAGUAUGGACUUAUCUACCCUAAGUAUUGGACACUAUGCAACACUGGAAGUACUUACCAAGUAGUUUUAGUUCUCUGUGUGUCUGUACCCUGUUGGCACUUAUGUUGGAAAUUCUUCCCUUCCAGUCCUCUGCCCCACCCUCAGUCCUCUUCCAAAGCCUCCAGAUAAUCUACAACUAGUUUGUAAUGUCAACCUAUGGGCUGUAAACUAUUUGGAAUAUUGUAUUUCUCUCCCCCUCCCCUUCCCGCCCUCCACCUUUUUUUUGUGUGUGUCUUUCUUGUUGUUCUGAACAAGUGUACUGAUAACUGAGACAUAUGCAUAAAGAUUCUCAUUGUUGUAACUGCUGUACUAUUUCUAUCUGGUUGCCUGUGGAGAAUGUUGUCCUGACAUUUCCUUCCCUGUUCUCUUUUUUUCUUUCCACAUUUUCCGACUUUGAUCCCCUCAAUCUAAUCACUGCACUGCGGGGCGGUAUCUCCACCUGCUAAGAAUGUGAAAAGAUGACUGGUCCCCAGAAUCUGAGUAAGAAGAAUGUGUGGGUGUAAAAUUAUCUUUUAUAUCUGUCAUUUUCCUUAAUAAAUAUUAGGACAAUAAAAAUAGAAUGUAGCCAUUCGGUCUUAUGGAGCCUGGAGGAAGAGAGGGCAGUGAGCUAAUAUACUGGGGGGCAGUAUAUUGUUUCUGAGCCACUUUCUUUGAGGCCUAGAGCAAUAAUGUGCAAUAGCAUUUAAAAUAUGUUACUUUUUCUAGUUAGGAAAGUAACAGUUUUAAGAAAAUCUGAAAGACAAAGGGCAUAAGAUAAUUAGUAUUCUUGGAUGUGUGAUUAUAUACAUACAUUAUUAACUACAAAAUGUCGAUCAAGCAUAUGAGAUAAUUAAGCUGUUUCUACAGUAAAUGUUCUACAGAAUCUUUUUAAAAUUAAAAUAAUUUUUUAAAGUAAAAGCCAUCAUCAUUAAAGGCAACAGUUCAUGAGCAUGGAAUCAUCAAGAUGUGCUUACGGAACUGAUUUUUAUCAA